AGCUUUGGUGACACCUGAUAACUAAUGUCCCUCAGGAGUAGUCUUCGGGGGCUGAGGGCUGAUCGGAGUGUUAUUCUCCACUGGCAGCUCUGCUGCAACGUCUCUCGUCUCAUCUGUUCAGGACUCUAACCAGGAAGCUGCAAUGCCGAGCCAGCUGGAGGGUGCAAUGGAUGCACUGAUAACGGUUUUCUACAACUACUCCGGAAACGAUGGAGACAGAUACAAGCUCAACAAGGGCGAGUUGAAGGAGCUCCUCAACAGCGAGCUCACCGACUUCCUCACGUCUCAGAAGGAUCCGAUGCUGGUGGAGAAAAUCAUGAAUGACCUGGACUCUAACAAAGACAACGAGGUGGAUUUCAAUGAGUUUGUGGUGUUGGUGGCCGCUCUGACUGUUGCCUGCAACGACUUCUUCCAAGAGCAGCAGAAGAAAAAGGAGUAGACGUCUACAGAAAGAAUCCACUACCUGUAAAUCUUGUCAAUGUCGUGCAAUUAAAAACAGAACAGUAAAUGUCCCGUCAGUAGAAUAAGUUAUAUUAGGAUACCCCAAGUAUGUAGCAUUGUGAAUGUAAUACUUAGGAAGUAGACACUCUACCCCGAAGUCACAAUAGAAAAUGUUGGUACCAAAUUCAGCCUGGAGCUGUUAAACAACGACUUUGUGAUCUUAGGUGGGAAAUAUGUGAAUUUUAAAACCUAAAAGCUGCAAUAAAUGCAGGAUGUGUAUUAUCCCAUGUCUCAAGAAUCACUGGUCUAA